CUUUGCCGGAGAGAUGUGAGGCGAAUGAGUACUUUGCUGUAAACACACACAAGAAGGCAGGAGGAAAGGCGCCUGAGCGGCUAGAAUGUUGUGACUCGACGCAGCGGAAGUGGUGUCUGAGCCCCGGUGUGGCCGAGGCGGACGAUGCGGGGUUUGCGCUCCAGGACGGACUCCAUAGCCAUGCCGUUGAACUCGGCUGUGGAGACGGAAAAGGCGCAGGCGCUGCUCCAGACGUUCAGCACAGCGUCUCUGCUGGCCAGCGCUGGACUCGGAGCCUUCUGCCUCCUAGCCGACGCUGUCUUGAGCUCGUCGUUUAUCCAGCACCACAUGUGGCUCAGGGCCGUGCUGGACAACUCGGUCCAUGGCGUGAUUGCACUCUGGUCUUGGGCCAUCGUCAUUGGCCUGAGGAAGAAGAGUGACUUUUAUGAAGUGUUGCUGGCUGGCUUCCUCGCCUCCGCCAUCGACCUGGACCACUUCUACAUGGCCGGAUCACUGUCACUUAAAGCAGCUCUGAACCUGCCCCGUCGUCCUCCUCUGCACUGCUCCACGCUGGUCCCGGUGCUCUGCUUCUCACUGCGCCUGCUCAUGUGGGCGUGCAGGCUGAAGGACUCGUGGUGUUCGCUGCCCUGGCUGCUCUUCAUCUCUCUGGCGUCACACCACAUACGGGACGGAGUGCGCCACGGCUUGUGGCUCUGGCCCUUUGCCAACACGCCACCGAUCUCCUACUGGCUGUACGUCACCAUCACGGCCACCCUCCCUCACCUCUGUUCUGUGCUCAUGUACUUGACCGGCACCAGAGACAUGAUCUCUACUAAGCACGGCGUGGCCAUCGACGUCUGAUCUGACGGCUUUCCAUAUGCUCUGCGAUAAAGAAGAAUUACUGUUCUGCAAGGAAAUGUUUGCACUGCAGUUGUGUGAGCUGAAGUUCUGGGGUUCAGCAGCACCUCAGUUACAACUGCAAGUCCUUCUUGUCCCUUUAUGUAAUUUAACCAGCUCAUCAGGGGUCAACUUUGCUAUCAGGUUUACUGACUGCUCUAAUUGGAACUGUAUAUUUAAACUAUUUAUAAUCACAAAAGGGACAAAAGCUCUCUUUUUGAAGGAAUCUUUGCCAUACCAAGCCCACUUGUCUGUGAUGUUUUCAUAAUUAUUUUUUUUCUUGCUUUGUUUUUUCAACAAAGCCAUUUUCAAGCGUGACCAAGUAGAUGAAAAUUUGCUACAUGAUGCUAUUUAAUGGUAUGUUUCAGCCCGAAACUGAAAUCUACCCAAUUUCCAUACUCCUCCAGGUUCCAUUAUGCUAAAACCCUAUGUGUCCAUCAUUUGUUAGCAGCAUUAACCUCUAACCCCAAGCAGAGCUCAACAACAAUCAUGUCUUGGUUGUUUGACUAGAUUUGGGAUGAGGGCAGCAUUUUGGGCUGCUAGUUUCCUUUAAAUGCCCUUCCAUGUUCAGGGAAGUCCAAAGACGCUGUAGUAUCCAUCAGGAUAGCACAGAUUCUGCCAUCAGUGAUCAAAACCUUCAGCCAACCGGACAACCUGCUGACCCGAAUACACGCAAAAAAGCUCAGGUAAUUAAACUGAGUCAUAGUGAGAGACAAAAUUAGCUAUGUUUACAUAUGAACACUAGAGGUCGACCGAUAGUGGAUUUUACUGAUAAGUUGGGCAGUACCUGCUGAUAACCGAUUAAUCAACUUAUAGUUAUAAAACUGAUACUGAAUAAAAGCAUAACACUCAGAGUAAAAUAUCGCUGAACUUUAUUAAAUAAAUUUAUUUAUUUAUUUAAAAAUAAACAGUACUGACUGUACCAUGAAAAUAUACUUUACUUUUUAAAAUGAACUAAAUAUAUAAACAUUAAUAUAUAUGAACUCUUAAUAAAUAUUAAAGUAAAUAGAUAUACAUCCAAACUGCACCAAAACGUAACACUCCAAGUAACAAAUAAAAAUAGAGAUGUCCAAAAUGAAUGGGGGAAAAAAAAAAAGACUUCAAGUAACACAACAAAAUUUGUUGUUUUUAUUUCGCUUCUAGACCCUUCUCAGCUGCUCCAGCUACGAACGCAACUGGGAACAAGUAGCGGUGUGGAUUUUUGCCGAUAAUCGAUGGUUCCAGCAAUCGGUUAUCGGUGCGGAUUAAUCUGCAAAACCGAUCAGUUGGCCGAUCUUUAGUGAACACUAUUGCUCGGUGUAGUAACCGUGUGUAAAGCUUGAAUAAAAUUUGCGUUAGGUGAAAAUGAAUCUGAGAUGCUUACUGUUCCAAGAUAGGAAAGAGGUAUGAAUUCUACCCACCAGUCUGAUUAGAGAGUAUUAGAUACAGUGCAGUCUAUAUUUAACUGGACAGUGCACAUGUUCCCUUUAUUGAAUAUACAUGUCAUGAGAAUCAACACAUUAAAAUAUGAAUACUGUUUGUGGGAC